AUGUGUUUUAUCGUCUCACAGAAAGGGAACUUUUCAAGGCCACCCAUUUUCCUGUCGUCUGUUAUCCGCGCACUAAUGAAGGCGUUGAUACUAAUCGGCGGUUAUGGCACUAGAUUACGUCCGUUAACACUUAGUAUUCCCAAACCACUAGUCGAAUUCGCAAACAAACCAAUGUUACUACAUCAAAUCAAAGCUUUACUUGAAGUUGACAUUACUGAAAUUAUCCUUGCAAUCAACCGUGAAGCUGAAGUUUUGGAAUCGAGUAUAAGAGAAAGUUGUGAUAAAGUAAUUCAAAACACCAGUGUAAAAAUUGUAUUUUCUUACGAAAAGGAAGCACUGGACACAGGAGGUCCACUUGCACAGGCGGCGCCAUUUUUAGCAGGAGAAAGGUUUUUUGUUCUAAACAGCGAUAUCAUUUGUAAUUAUCCUUUCAAACGAAUGCUAGAAUUCCACUUAUCUCACGGAAAAGAGGGUACAAUGGCAGUCACAAAAGUUGAAGAGCCGUCAAAGUAUGGUGCUGUGGUGCACAAUGACCAAACAGGUCUUGUAAAACGUUUUGUCGAAAAACCAUCGGAAUAUGUCGCUAACAGAAUUAACGCUGGACUCUACAUUUUUGAGCCUACCAUUCUCAAGCGUAUUGAGGCCAAGCCGAUGUCCAUUGAAACAGCUGUUUUUCCAGCAAUGGUGAGGGAUUCUGAACUGUACUGCAUUGAGUUCUCAGGAUUUUGGAUGGAUAUUGGUCAACCUGCAGAUUAUCUAACGGGCAUGCGAUUAUAUUUGGGCCAUUUAUAUGAAUGUAAAUCACCUUUGUUAACAGUUGAUCCGAAUUUGAUAGGAAAUGUUUUUGUCCAUGAAACUGCAAAAAUAGGUCACGGUUGUCGAAUAGGCCCUAAUGUGACCAUCGGUGCAGGUGUCAUAAUUGAAGAUGGAGUACGUAUAUCUAACUCAGCUAUCUUUUCAAAAUCAAUCAUUAAAUCUCAUUCUUGGUUAAAUAAUUGUAUUGUUGGCUGGAGAUCAGUUGUUGGAAAAUGGGUAAGAAUGGAAAAUGUUACAGUUCUAGGAGAAGAUGUAACUGUGAAAGAUGAACUCUUCCUUAAUGGAGCACUUGUACUUCCUCAUAAUUCAAUAUCACAAUCUGUUUCUGAACCACAUAUAAUUAUGUAAUCUAAUUUCUAUUGUUUGUAGUAAAUCUAGUAUAUUGUAUAUGAUACUUGUCAUUUUGUAAAACAUUUUGAUUUAGUUAUCAGUUACUGUGAAUUUGUGAACACUUUUGAACAAUGUCAUGUACUAAAAUGUUUUCAAACUUGUUAUAUUAUAGUUACAAGUUUAUUUAUUUUUAUGAAAUCUGGAUCCAUAGCUUUUAAUAUUCUAAGAAAUUUUGAACCUCUUAUUCCUUCAUGGGCUGCUUCUUAAUUUUCAUUGAUGUUUUUAUGCUGUUUAGUUAUUAUUAUUAUUACUGAUUUGGUGGGUGAGGGGUUUCUUUCUAAUUUUAUGUGAAAUUUUUUAAGGAAGACCAUAGAAUUUAAUUCAUUUUGGUAACAUUGAUAAACAAUCAUAAAUACGAAAGUUUGGUUUUAUAAUUUCAUUUUAUGAAAUAUUCAUUGAUAUUCAUUUUCGAAUAAGUAUUUUUGUUAUAGUGUCA